CCUCUUCGCCUCCCAUCCGUCACCGCCCUAUCUGCUUUGCUAUCGCCGUCAUUACUUACUUACCAAGAAGUUUCAUUGAUUGUAUAGACAUUAUGUAUUACUCCAACUUCUGAAGGGCUGCAGCUUCGGCUGCAAUGCUUUCUAUCGGGGUAACCAAAUUGGCCGUCCCUGGAAGCGAUCCCGCUCAUGCAUUACUUGUUGAGUGAUAGCCCAUUAUGCCACCUCCAACAACUCCCUGGAAAAAGACUGCAUCGCAGAACCAUGGUCGCGAUCAUGGUUUUCCCGAGCUUGGGAAAUCGCCAGGCAAGGCGCAGACUAUGCCUGCCGUUUCAAUGUCUCCUCUUGCCCCGGUCCAUCUGGAUUAUUCUGAAACACAGAACGACGAAAUCGAAGCGUUACGUUCUAUCUAUAUGGAGGACUAUGAAGACGUGAAAAGCAAGGCGGCUGCAUGGAGUAAAUCGGCAGACCGUUCAUUCAAGCUUCACCUCAAAUCCAAGGCCGACCCCUCCAUCCAGGUUGACCUUGCCGUGACGAUGACAGCAACUUACCCUAAAUCUCUUCCAAUACUUUCUAUUGAGCGUGCUCAAGGCGUUCGACGAAAGCCUCUAGCACUAAUCGAAGAUACGAUCAGAGAUCUACCAAAGUCUUUACUUGGCUCAGAAAUGAUAUAUGAGAUUGCUGUUUCAAUAGAGGAGACACUUGAAGAUGCAGCUCAAUCGAAAGCAGGAGAGAUUGAUAUGCCUAGCUUGGAAGAGGAAAGGGCAGUCCAGGAAGCUGCAACUAGCAAGCUGGCUCAGGAACACGAAGAGGCUUUGCGAAGGAAAAAGCGGGAAGAGAAUCUUGAGGAAGAACGCGUUCUAGGCCAGAUGCUCGAAGAGGAAAUGAAGCGAAGAAAAGAUAAGGCGCGGGAUGCAAAGAGGAAAAGCAGACCAGCAGGGGCAGAACUUGCAAGACCGGAAGACAUGCAGACCGAUCGCCCAAGAUUGUUGUCCUUUGACCGCUUAAGUAGUGUUAAAGACGACGACGGUAAUAUCAUUGCUUUCCGAACGGUGGUGAAGAUGGCUUCCUUGCAUCGCGGAUGUGUUACAGAAGUCGUCACUGUGCGACCACACACAGCAGGUGAUAGUGAGCAGGCCCCCAUUCUUAUUCUAAAGCAGGCACGGCUUAAGCCUAGCUUUACGGACCCUGCCGGACUUAAGAGGCAGGUUCGGGCUUUGGAAGAUGAGCUUGAGAGACUUAAGAGUCUUCGGCAUUCGAAUGUCUUGGAUCUUCUUGAUUUCAAAAUCUCGUCCUGUUUCGACACGGGAUUGUCCGAGCCUGCCGGCACCUGGGAGAUCAGCAUACUGACUGAAUAUGCCAACAAGGGCUCAUUAAAUGAUCUGCUUGAGAUCGUCGGCUCUUUGGGACCCGAUAUUGUUAGAGCCUUCGCGAUCCAACUCCUUGAGGGACUUGAUUUCUACCACAGAAAUGGCGUCGUGCACAGGGAUUUACAUGCUGGAAACGUCAUGCUCAUUCGGCCCUCAUCUGGAUCCACGAUAAUAAAGUUGGCAGACGCCAGUUACCAGAAAGCCCUUCACGACCUUCGAGAUUGCGAAGAUGUUACUUUCAGCAUCGGAAACUCCAAGUCGGCAUACUGGUUGUCUCCUGAACUCGGGCAGGAAACAAACGCGCCGCGGACUAGAAAGACUGAUAUUUGGGACCUUGGCAUUAUAUUCCUUCAGAUGCUGUUUGGUCUGAGCGUAGUACAAAAGUACGCUUCUCCGAGCGCGUUGAUGGACACUCUAGACCUAUCAGAAACCUUACUUGAUUUUAUUCGGAAAUUUUUUAAAGCCGAUCCUAAGAAAAGAUCGAGCGCUUUCGAUCUGCUUCCCUGCGAGUUUUUGCGGAACGAUGCACCGAUAUUAGCUUCUCAUGGGUCGCAACCUAGUUCGAGAUUGUCCUCGACAGUGUCGCUACCAACACGACGACUUUCACGAAAUCGACACGAUUCCAGUGGGCUUGGCGCGGCAUUAUCUCGGUACGCGAAUGAUUUCGUCGAAGCUGGGCGCCUGGGAAAGGGCGGAUUUGGUGAGGUUGUAAAGGCUCGCAACAAGCUCGAUGGUCGGUUUUAUGCCAUAAAAAAGAUCACCCAGCAAUCAACUUCGUCACUCACUGGAGUCUUGUCUGAAAUUAUGUUGCUCUCGCGUCUCAAUCAUCCCUACGUGGUACGAUAUUUUACAGCGUGGAUGGAGGAAGAUUUCUCAGCACUCGGCAAUGACGAUGAAGAUGCCAUCUCAUUUACUGAUGACUCCAUAUUAUCUCCAACAGAAGGCCCAAGUCUUGAGUUUGGGCAAAGCACCGGCGGACUCGACUUCAUCAGCUCAAGCGGUUAUCCUAAGAUUGAGUUUGGGUAUGGAAGCGAGGACGAGAGCUCCGGAUCCUAUCCUGAUGAAGAAGGAACAGAAGAGAUCAGUCCCCGCAAUGUGCAAGGGGCAGAAGACGGGAAUCUAUCAAUGCGCAAACAAGCUGCUUCUGGCGGCAGAUACCCAAGAUCGACAAAGACAACUCUGUAUAUUCAAAUGGAGUAUUGUGAGAGACAGACAUUGCGGGAUCUUUUGAGGCAAGGCAUCUAUCACAAUGUGGAUGAUUGCUGGCGUUUGUUUCGUCAGAUCCUUGAAGGUCUCAGUCAUAUUCACGGCCACGGUAUAAUCCAUCGUGAUCUAAAGCCAGACAAUAUUUUUAUUGAUGUGGCAAACAACCCUCGCAUUGGAGACUUUGGUCUAGCAACCAGCGGACAGUAUUUUUUGGCGGAUAGAACAUCUUCCGGGAAUGUCGACGGCGACAUGACGCGUAGUAUAGGCACUGCUCUAUAUGUGGCACCUGAGCUCAAAUCGAGCGCUAGCGGGUAUUACACUGAGAAGGUCGACAUGUACUCCCUUGGGAUCAUAUUCUUCGAGAUGUGUUACCCGCUGAAGACGGCCAUGGAACGUGAUCGCGUCAUCAGAGAACUGCGAGAAAAAGAGCAUGUUUUGCCACCAGAAUUCCAUACACCGGAUAUGGCGCUCCAGGGAAGUAUCAUCAAGUCGUUAAUCAGCCAUCGCCCAAGCGAGCGUCCCAGUAGUAUUGAGCUCCUUCAGGGCGGAAAGCUACCUCUUCAGGUCGAAGACGAAACUGUGCGGCUAGCGAUCCAGGGUUUGGCGGAUUCGAAUUCUCCAUACUUUCAAAAGAUGAUGUCCGCGCUUUUCUCACAACCUGCAAAGCAGAUCAAGGAUUAUGCUUGGGAUAUGGGUUCUACCACGAACUAUGGUACAAAUGAACUGCUACUUCAGGGCAUGGUGAAGGAUAAAUUAACCUCUAUUUUCCGGCGCCAUGGGGCGGUAGAAGUCCAGCGUCCCGUGCUUUUUCCUCGUUCCGACUACUACACGUCCAACGUCGCACAACUUCUAGAUUCUUCUGGGACUCUUCUUCAACUGCCAUACGAUCUUACACUUCCAAACGCAAGAGCUGUAGCGCGUCAGAUGCCCUCUGCUCAAAAAAGCUUUGCCUUCGGCAAUGUCUAUAGAGAUCUUUAUACGGGCGGUCAACCUCGGAGUCACCGAGAAGUCGACUUUGACAUUGUCUCACCAGAUACGCUUGAUCUCGCUUUGAAAGAGGCGGAGGUUAUCAAGGUCAUAGACGAGGUGGUAGAUGCAUUUCCGUCCCUCAAAACGACUCAGAUGUGUUUUCACGUAAACCAUGCAGAUCUUCUAGAGCUUAUAAUGAGUUUUUGUCGAAUUACCCUGCCGCAGAGACCUUCUGUGAAGGAGGUUCUAAGCAAGCUGAAUAUUGGACAAUGGACUUGGCAGAAAAUUCGGAACGAACUCCGCUCGCCGGCUUUGGGUGUCCCAUCUACUUCUCUAGAUGAUCUAGAACGCUUUGAUUUCCGGGAUACACCAGAAAAGGCAUUCGCUCGACUUCGUACCAUUUUUGAGGGCACUGAUACAUUGGACAAAACUUCCUCCAUUUUCGCUCAUAUUACCGCCGUGACUUCAUAUCUGAAGCAUUUUAAUGUCCAACGGAAGGUCUACCUCAGUCCUUUGAGCAGCUUCAACGAUCGCUUUUAUAAGGGAGGUAUACUUUUUCAGUGUUUAUAUGACACAAAGAGAAAAGACGUCUUCGCUGCUGGAGGGCGAUAUGACAGCCUGAUCCAAGAUCAUCGUCCAAAGCUCCAGGGUGUGCAUCAUGAUUGCCACGCCGUUGGCUUUAAUCUAGGCUGGGAGAAACUCUUUACUUCCAUGGCGCGCUUUCAGAAACAAACACCUAAGCACUUUUUGAAAAAGCAUGAGGAGCCUGCAGGUCAAGGAGAAUGGGCGACCCGCCGGUGCGAUGUGCUUAUAGCAAGCUUUGACCCUGCUAUACUGCGCACUGAUGGCAUAAAGCUUGUACAAUAUCUUUGGCAUCAUGAAAUAAGCGCUGAAUUGGCUAUUGAUACACGCCAGCCGGAUGAGCUGCUUUCUCACUAUCGCGACGACAAGCACAGUUGGAUUGUGAUCAUCAAACAGGACACUGGAGGCUUCAGCGAGCGGAGUCUCAAAGUUCGGAGUAUGGUUCGUAAAGAAGACACUGAUAUCCGGAAAUCGGACCUAAUGUCCUACCUUCGCACCGAAAUUCGCGAGAGAGAUCACCGUGAGGGAACUAAUGAGCGAGCAAAACUGCUCAAAUACCACAAUCCUCAAGAGGCCCAACCUCAUAGCUCCGAAAAGGAAGGGGAUGUCAGAGUCUUGAUGUACUCUCACAAAAGCAAGAAGAGCAAUCGAAGAAACGUUAUUGAAGCCGCACAAUCUCGAACUCAUGAACUCGUAAAUAGCUUUCUCGAUGGGCCGAUUCUCGCCAUCGAAAUCCGUGACGAAUUCUUGGAUGCGAUUCGAGACACGCGGCUCUCGGAUCCGGAAAGCUGGCGGCGAGUCAUACAGAGCGCUCCUGUCGCUGAAAGAAAGUACCUAGCGCAGAUGCACGAGGUGAUAGGUGAUAUGGCCAAAGAGAUGAAAGGAGUAACACGAAAUGCAUUUAUUUACAAUUUCAGGACAGGCUCCUGUAUAUAUUACGAUCUAGGGCGGUCAUCUUGACGACCGCUAACAGUCGUUAGACAGCGGAUUCCUUUCUUCUUCACGAUGACGAUUGUACGGGCUUUAAUGCAUGCAUAUAUUAGCAUUUUCUGGUGAGGACCAUUACGUCCGCAAAAGUAUAUUACACAAUAUGAAUACCUUGAAAUACAAAGAUGAGAGCCCCCAAACGUGCCCUGGUAUCGGAAUACAGAAAACUUUUCCCUUCAAUCACUGUCGUCAUCACUUCCAUAGGCUACUAAGGGACCUGGUGGUGCUGCCGCAGGCUUAGACAUGAAAGUCGAUCUUUGGCCCUGGCUGGAGUAAUUCUUUAGCGCAUUGAGCGUCGAGCUCGACAAGAUACCCCCACC